AUGUCUGUACUUCAAUAUCGAGAGAACAGUGAUUUUGAUGAAGCAUUUAAAAAUUUAUUACAACCUAUUGAAUCAAUUACAAAAAUAGACUCAUGUGAAAUUCUUCAAUAUGAUCUUAUUAAGGAACUGGAUUCGUAUAAAAAUCACUUGAAAAAAUCUCCAAACGGUAUUUCCUCAGUCUUCGUAGAAGCUGCUAUAAUCCUUCAAAACACUUCACUUAUUUAUCAAAAAAAGGUUGAUGUGACAAUCAAUGCCAUGAUGAAUCUUAUUGGGAAAUUCCGAUCUUAUAAAUUAAAUGAAAGUAUUGAUCCAGAUUAUACAGAGAAGAUGGUAGGAAAUAAAAAAAAAAAAAUAAGUAAAAAAUUAAAAUGUUAUUCUUUUUUUGGACCAAUUGAAGGUCACAUCGUUGGAACAUUGAAGAAUUUUGACUGCAAACAAAUAAAUUUGAGGAAAAAACCACUUGUAACAAAAAUUGUAUUGAACACUAAUAUAAAAGUAGAUAAUAAGUACAGUAAAUUAUUACCCUAUAUUUGUAAUGCAAAUAAAGAAAAUAUUGGAAAGAAAUAUGACUUUAAGAUAAAUUUUCCAUUGGAUUGUGAUUUGGCUGUAAAUGAAGAAUUUUAUUGUCCCAUAGAAGAAAAUUCAAAAUCUAAAAGUCCUAUCAGUUAUCGAAAGAACAUUAACUCAUUACCAAUGAAUUUAUUGGAUGUUGAUGAAAUUUUUCCAAGUGCUCCCAACUCAGUAAUUAUUGAUCAGAAUGUUUUCAAUGAAGUUUUCGUUACUAACGAAACUUUGCAGAAUCCAAUACAUAUGUCAAAUGUUAGUCAAAUAACUCAAAAUGAUGAUUAUGAUGAUGAUCCAAGAGCUCAGGUUUUAAAUGCCAAGCGUUAUAAUUAUACAGAUAAGCCUUAUGUGAAAAAAAAGGACCCUAAAAAAGAAGCUGGAGAAAUGUUGUCACCUAUGCAUAUGAAUACCGAUUUCAAUCUCUUAGUUGACAAUGAGGAAGUGGAAGAAAUAUUGAGAAUUGGUGAAUCAAAUGAAAAUGUCCAAACUUAUCAAAGAAAUGCAAUAGAUUUGCAGAACUAUGAAAAUAAUAAAAUGGAAACGAUGAAUGAACAAUUAGAGAUGCAAAAUAGAGUUCAACAAUGGCAUGAUAAUCUUCGGCCAAUUUUAGAAAAAGAAGAAAAAAUGAUUGAAUUUGAUGUACAUGAAUAUGGAACGCGUAUAUUAAGCUGCUUUAAAUCUAUUGGGGAACAAAAAUUGUUCAAAGAUUUAGUUGGAGGGUUAGACAAAGUAGAAGUUGCUCGAUAUUAUUUGUCUUUGUUAAUGAUGAUUAAUACAAAUAAUUUUGAGGUAUCAAAUCAUAUUUCUGAAAAUGAUUUAUUGGUAAAACUAUUAAAAAAGGAGCGCCACCAUGAAGAAUUACAAGUAAAUAUUGGGAAUCAAGUGAACCAAAAUUCACAAUAA